GUUUGGUUGAAGCUCCGCGUGUCGGCCACUCCAGUCCUACCGCGCAUAUCACAAUGGCGAGCCUCCGUGGGUUAUCGAGACCGGCUCGUAGCCUUCCCCUUUCCCAAUUAUCACGCCAGACUUACACGGCCGGGUCGAUACGAUGUGCCUCGUCGCAAGCCGACUUGAGCGACCUCGAAGACUCGACGCUCACAGCACCGCAAUUAGGCCCGGACGAAAAGAAGGAGUUUAGGCCAUGGAAGCGUGCCGCCGACAGGAAGGUUAGGCUGCCUAGCGGAAGAUACCAGUUCCACCCCCCAAAGUACAACCGCGGCCCUCUCCACCCCGUCCAGUCGCCUCCCGCCUCCGACCCGAUCGCGCGUGACUUCGUGCCGGGGCCCUUCAACAUGCCGCGGCUCAAGCAGACCUACCAGUCGACGAUCGCCUCGGACCUCAUGACGCUCGCCUACACGCACGUGCCGCCGGGCACGCCGCAGAAGGAGAGCCCCGCGCGGCUGCGCGGGUGGGACGGCUCGUCGCCCUACCACAAGAACCGCGCGCUGCGCGGGCCCCGCGGGAGCGCCGUGCUGCCGCUGAUCGAGCGCGACGUCACCUUCAACAACAUCCCCGAGAUCACCGAGGUCACCAUCUCCACCUACGUGCCCGCCGCUAUCAAGGACCCGGACCACCUGUUGGUUGCCCGCAGCGUCGUGCUGUCGCUGACGGGGACCACGCCCGAUAUUACGAAGACCAAGAGCAAUGUUGCUCAGUGGGGGAUUAAGAUUGGCGACCGCGCCGGUGUUAAAUCGACCGUUUACGGGAAUGCCGCGUAUGAGUUUCUGGAUCGGUGUGUGCAUUUGGUCUUCCCGAGGAUCAAGGAUUGGAGGGGGAUUCGGGCGACGACGGGUGAUAGGGCGGGCAACUUGGCGUUUGGUCUCUCGCCGGACGAGGUCAAGCUGUUUCCAGAGGUGGAGGCCAACUACUGGAUGUAUCCGGCCAAGAUGUUGCCCGGCUGCAAGGUGUUCAUCAAGACGUCGGCGACUUCGGAUAGACAGGCACGGCUACUCCUACAGUCGUUCGGUGUGCCAUUUUACGGGGACGUCUAGAACUAGAGGGGCGUAGGUUUGCCUGUACAAUACCAUUUGUGUAUACUUGUAACAUCACAGGGAG